AUGGCCGCUGCCCGCCUCGCACGGGGGCCGGAGAUCCUGCUCCUGGGGCUGCUGCUGCUGCUGCUGCUGGGGGGCCCGGGCCGGGGGGCGGCCUUGAGCGGGAACGCGACUGGGCCUGGGCCGCGGAGCGCCGGCGGGAGCGCGAGGAGGAGCGCGGCCGUGACCGGCCCUCCGCCGCUGCUGAGCCACUGCGGCCGCGCAGCCCCCUGCGAGCCGCUGCGCUACAACGUGUGCCUGGGCUCGGCGCUGCCGUACGGGGCCACCUCCACGCUGCUGGCCGGGGACUCGGACUCCCAGGAAGAAGCGCACGGCAAGCUCGUGCUCUGGUCCGGCCUCCGGAACGCCCCCCGCUGCUGGGCAGUGAUCCAGCCCCUGCUGUGCGCUGUGUACAUGCCCAAAUGCGAGAAUGACCGGGUGGAGCUGCCCAGCCGCACCCUCUGCCAGGCUACCCGAGGGCCCUGUGCCAUCGUGGAGAGGGAGCGCGGCUGGCCCGACUUCCUGCGCUGCACCCCUGACCACUUCCCCGAGGGCUGCCCGAAUGAGGUGCAGAACAUCAAGUUCAACAGUUCGGGCCAGUGUGAGGCUCCCUUGGUUCGGACCGACAACCCCAAGAGCUGGUAUGAGGACGUGGAGGGCUGUGGGAUCCAGUGCCAGAACCCGCUGUUCACUGAGGCCGAGCACCAGGACAUGCACAGCUACAUCGCGGCCUUCGGGGCAGUCACGGGCCUCUGCACGCUCUUCACCCUGGCCACAUUUGUGGCUGACUGGCGGAACUCGAAUCGCUACCCUGCUGUCAUUCUCUUCUACGUUAAUGCGUGUUUCUUUGUGGGGAGCAUUGGCUGGCUGGCCCAGUUCAUGGACGGAGCCCGCCGGGAGAUCGUCUGCCGUGCAGAUGGCACCAUGAGGCUUGGGGAGCCCACCUCCAAUGAGACCCUGUCCUGUGUCAUCAUCUUUGUCAUCGUGUACUACGCCCUGAUGGCCGGUGUCGUCUGGUUUGUGGUCCUCACCUAUGCCUGGCACACCUCCUUCAAAGCCCUGGGCACCACCUACCAGCCUCUCUCUGGCAAGACCUCCUACUUCCACCUGCUCACGUGGUCACUCCCCUUUGUCCUCACCGUGGCAAUCCUUGCCGUGGCCCAGGUGGAUGGGGACUCCGUGAGCGGCAUCUGUUUUGUGGGCUACAAGAACUACCGGUACCGGGCGGGCUUCGUCCUGGCCCCGAUUGGCCUGGUGCUCAUUGUGGGAGGUUACUUCCUCAUCCGAGGAGUCAUGACUCUGUUUUCCAUCAAGAGCAACCAUCCGGGGCUGCUGAGCGAGAAGGCUGCCAGCAAGAUCAAUGAGACCAUGCUGCGCCUGGGCAUUUUUGGCUUCCUGGCCUUUGGCUUCGUGCUCAUCACCUUCAGCUGCCAUUUCUACGACUUCUUCAACCAGGCUGAGUGGGAGCGCAGCUUCCGGGACUAUGUGCUGUGCCAAGCCAAUGUGACCAUCGGGCUGCCUACCAAGAAGCCCAUCCCCGACUGUGAAAUCAAGAAUCGCCCUAGCCUCCUGGUGGAGAAGAUCAACCUGUUUGCUAUGUUUGGAACGGGCAUUGCCAUGAGCACCUGGGUCUGGACCAAGGCCACGCUGCUCAUCUGGAGGCGCACCUGGUGCAGGUUGACUGGGCAGAGUGAUGAUGAGCCCAAACGCAUCAAGAAGAGCAAAAUGAUUGCCAAGGCCUUCUCCAAGCGGCGUGAGCUGCUGCAGAACCCAGGCCAGGAACUCUCCUUCAGCAUGCACACUGUCUCCCACGAUGGGCCUGUGGCGGGUUUGGCCUUUGAUCUCAAUGAGCCCUCCGCCGACGUGUCCUCUGCCUGGGCCCAGCAUGUCACAAAGAUGGUGGCUCGGAGAGGAGCCAUACUGCCCCAGGAUGUGUCUGUCACCCCUGUGGCAACCCCAGUGCCCCCGGAGGAAAAAGCCAACCUGUGGCUGGUUGAGGCAGAGAUCUCCCCAGAGCUGGAGAAGCGCCUGGGCCGGAAGAAGAAGCGGAGGAAGAGGAAGAAGGAGGUGUGCCCCCUGGUGCCACCCCCUGAGCUUCACCACCCUGCCCCAGCCCCUGCAGCCAGUGCUGUUCCUCGCCUGCCUCAGCUGCCCCGGCAGAAGUGCUUGGUGGCCGCAGGUGCCUGGGGAGCUGGGGAAUCCUGCCGACAGAGAGCCUGGACCCUGGUCUCCAACCCUUUCUGCCCAGAGCCCGGUCCCUUGCAGGAUCCAUUUCUGCCCAGUGCCCCAGUUCCCACGGCCUGGGCUCAGGGCUGCCGGCAGGGGCUGGGGCCCAUUCACUCCCGCACCAACCUGAUGGAGGCAGAGCUAAUGGACGCAGAUUCAGACUUCUGAGCCUGGAAAGCGGGACCUGGGCUAGGAAAGAGGAGCAAAGACCAUUCUGAGGUUCCUCAUCCUCCCUGAGAGUGCUUCCCUGGGAUCUUGUCUUCCGGAGAACCUGAGGGUGCAGUGCCCUCCUGGGAGGGCUCUUUAUGUCUGGCUCAUGGCAGCGGGACUGUGGGAAAGGGCCCUGACAUCUCCACGGGUAGGCCUCAUCCAGGGAAGGGCCCUGGAGCUCGGGGUCCUUGUUUCUGCCCCACCAGCUGGAAUCUGGCUGGCAGUAUCCAUCUGCAGCAGGGUCAUGGGAUAGGCAGAGCUUGAGGGGGGACAGUAACGGUAGAGGCGGGGGUGACAGUACCCAGAGUGGGCUGUGGUUGCCAAUGAGGCAGUCAAAGCCCGGGCCUGGCAGAUGAGGGCUGGCUGCCCUUUUCUGGCUCUCUCAGACCAAAUGUGUUUAUUGGGUCACUAGCCCUUUGUCUAAGUGGGGACAGGGCUCCCUUUUCCUUCUUCCAGAUGGUUGUGGAGCUGGAAGUGCCCAUUCUCAUAGGGGCUAUAACCUCUCUUCACAGGCAUCCAGUUGGCCCGACCCCAGACCAGUAACCCAUCCUGUGCGCUCCUGCAGCCUCCUUCCCCCUUUCCCAUUUCAGUUCAACCAG